AUGCAUCGAGCACAAAAUGUUCAUCCAAAUCGAAAUUAUAUCGGUAUAUGGGUUCAUGAUCCAUUUACUCCUUCAUUGGAUAUAAAUCAACUUGUGCUCAAACGUCUGAAUUCAACAUUUGACUAUGUUCGAGAAUUCGAUACUCUCCGCGAUGUUGCUACCUACUUGAGGGGAGAUCAACUUAUUGCUAGCGUUGUUGUUAUUAUUUCUUCAGAAUUCAUGACAAGUCCUUUACGAGAGCUCUUAGCACAACAGAUUAACAAUAAAUCAGAAAAAAUUCGAGCAACAUAUUCUCUUCCUAUUAAUCAGGUCGCUUCAAAACAAGAAAUAUCAUUACAAAUUGACACUCUAUGUUUCCAAAUCCAGAAGGACCUUCAAGUUGAUUCGUCAUCCGCUUCAACAUCUCAGACUGAAACUAUUCCCGAGGUGUCAGAUCAAUCAAUUCCACCUUUUGGUGUUGCAAAUCAUCCAUUAAAACAAACAUCUAUUCGCUGUUUGUCUAAUGAAUCACGCAGAUUUAUACAGUUUCAAGCGUUAAUUGAGAUCUUAUUUCGUCUUGAGCAUGAUAUGACUCGUGCUAAAGACGAUAUGUUAUCCACUAGCCGACUAUGUUAUGCGGACGACGUUGUAGAAUUGGUAAAGAUUGCAGAAUUUGAACGCAGCUAUAAUAGCAAAGAUGUUCACACGUUCUAUACCAAAGAUGGAUUCUGUUUUCGUAUGGUCAACAUGGCUUUCCGAUCUGAAGAUAUCGAACAAAUUUACACCUGGCGAUUGUUCAUCAGUGAUCUUCACAAAAAGCUCAAAGAAAUAUUCUCGGAUACAAAGCAAAAAGGUGAGAACAAGCUCACUGUGUAUCGAGGGAAAAAGCUGCGGCAUGUUGUUAUACAACAGUUGAAAGACAAUGUUAACAAGCGCAUCUCCAUGAAUGGUUUCCUAUCAACAUCAUUGAACAAAAACGCCGCUAUAUUUUUCUCGGGUGAUGAUGUACCACGUGAUAACCACGAAAGCGUUGUUUUUGAAAUUCACAUUGACGAUAUCAAAAGUUAUACAGGGAAACCGUUCGCAGAUAUUUCAACCAACAAUGAGGAAAUGGAUGAACAAGAGGUUCUCUUUUCUGCCGGAACAGUCUGGAAGAUAACAGAUAUUAAAAUAGAACAAGGUCGAUGGCAUGUUUCGCUUCAUAGUUGCAGUGAGGAUCUUGACAGUGAACUUGAUAGACAUCUCGAUCAACUUACGGAUGGAUACACAUUGUUAUCGGUAGGAAAAUCACUAGAAGAAUUGGAAGAGUACGACAAAGCAGAAAAGUUCUAUAGCCGAAUGCUUCGAGACAAAUCAAAUAUCACAAAAGAGCAAGAAGGUCUUCUGAACUAUCGUAUAGGCAGGUUGCGACAAAAAAAGGGAGACGAAAAUGGAGCAUUGGAUUACUUCGAGAAGGCCCUCGCUUACUUUCCAACACAUCAGACUAUACAAGGAAAAGUAAUUUCUACCAAACUUCCAACUAGAUUUGAAAUUUACGCGCAAAUCGGUUUGAUUCAUUACGAAAACAGGAAUCUAUCGGAAGCAAAUGAAGCUUGGCAAAAAGCUCUGUUGGAACCAGACGGUACGCCUCAGGGGAAAGCAAACGUGUACAACUCUUUAGGUGAUCUAGCGAAAGAACGUGGUAACUUAGAUCAAGCAAUAAUGCAUUAUAAAGAUGCUCAGGAAUUAGGUCCUACAAACGACUUAAAACGCAAAUACAAUGAAGCACUGGACUUGAACAACAGAAUCCGAUCAGCAGAAUCGCAGAAGCGUCGACGGACUUGA